AUGGCCACUCCCAGCGAUUCAACAGCGGUUGACACCAUCGACACAAUCAAUGACUUGCCCAAAGAUGUCCCCUGCCAUGCCCGUGAUGACCUUGAGAAGAGAUUACUGAGGAAGAUUGAUUUGCGCAUGUCCAUACUACUGAUCUAUUCUAUAUACCCUGAACCUGGUGGGUUCGAGAUUGACACAACCAAUAUUAGGUGUCAACGCUCGGUUACAAGGUUUGAAAAAGACCUGCACCUGCACGGGCAACAAUAUGCCACGACUUUGUCCAUCCUACUUGUUGGAUACAUUAUGAUGCAAGUGCCAGGGAACAUGUUCCUGCACUGGCUGGAGAGACCUUCCGUCAUCAUUCCGUGUUGUAUGUUAGUAUGGGGUGUGAUAUCAGUAUUAACAGGUAUUUAUACUGGGAUUCUUGCCGCCCGCUUCUUUCUUGGCUUCGCCGAAGCGCCCUUCUUCCCCGGUAUGAUAUUUCUUGUAUCUAAAUGGUACAAGCGGGACGAGCUCGCCUUGAGAAUAGCUCUCGUUACUUGUGGAAGUUUUCUCAGCUCUGCAUUCGGAUCCCUGUUAGCAUCUGCUAUACUCCACGGUAUGCAAGACAAACUUGGUCAAGCUGCAUGGAGAUGGUUAUUUUACAUUGAAGGCGGCGUUACCAUCUUGGUCGCGAUUUGCGCCAUAUUCGUACUCCCCAAUUUCCCGCACAACACCAGCACUUGCUACUCUCGCCUUGUAGAAGAUGGCUAUAGUAAGGCUGACGAGCUUGGGAAGCAGACGGCCAUGCAAGGAGUGCGGGAUGCUGUGUCUGAUUGGAAGGUUUGGUGGUUUUCAGUUGCGGCCACGUUUCAGAUAGUGGGGUGUUCUUUCUUCGGUUAUUUCCCGACACUGUGCGCAACACUGGGAUAUGACACGACUGUAACACUGCUGCUUUGCGCUCCUCCGUGGGUGUUUGCGGCUAUAGUCGCAUUUAUUCUUACAUGGUACUCUGACAAGAAGCAGAAACGUUACAAAUGCUUUGUUAUCUCCAAUGCAUUCGGCGUCCUUGCAUUCACCGUGUCCGCUAUUACGAUGAACAAGGUUGCGCGCUAUAUUUCACUGUUCGUGAUAGCUCAAAUCAUCGUUGGAUACAUGGUGCUCCUAGGGUGGAUCAGCAACAUUUUCGCCAGAGAACCCGCGAAGCGCGCCAUUGCUAUUGCUUUGAUGAACGCACUGGCACAGAUAGGAGGUAUUAUUGGAUCAUACAUAUGGCCAUUGAAAUGGGGCCCGUCAUAUCGUUAUUCCUAUGUCAUCUGCAUCGCUGCAAUUGGAGUUUCGACAGGCAUGUGUGGUGGUAUGUAUUUGUAUUUGAAGCAUUUGAAUGAGCAGAUUGAGAGGAACGAGCGGAAUGCGAAGGAUGUCAACGAGGUUCGGGAGAUUAGUUUCAAAUACAUGGUGUAG